GGCAGGUGAAGGAAUUGGUGUCCCCUUCCUCUCCGCCUGUACCAUUCCUUUUCCGCCGUUGUGGCGACUGAGCCUUUCCAGUUUCAGGCUUCCUUCCCUGCUACUCCACUGAAACAGUACCUGUCAAAGUCACAAGUGACUUUAUCUGGCCAAAUCUAAUACUUUAUUCCCAGUUUAUUGACCCUCCAACAACAUUUAACAAGCUCAUUCUUGAAAUGAUGUUGAACUUCAUUAUUCCUCGUUGAUUGAAAAAGAACACGGACAAGAAAACAUAAGAUUCAGUUCUGUGAUGUUCCAUGAGAAAGAGAAUAAAUAGAAAAAAAAAAUAAAGAAAAAAAAAAGAAAACAUAAGAGUAAUGAAUUAAGGAAUUUCAAAUGCCUUGGGAACAGGAUUCAAAAUUAACAUCAGAUAAAGCUGCCAGAGUCAUUCAGCAGGCCUGGAAAAAUUUCCUUAAUGUCACUGUAUACAAACAUUUGAAAGGUCUGAUUUAUUUAAGAAGACAAGGGGAACCACGUCAGAUAAUGAAAUAUAUUAAUCCUAGAGAGGCAGAGCUUCUAGACGCUGCUGCUGGCAUUCAUGUGCGAUUCAGAUUAGGUGGAGUUGAAUUUCCCCCUCGUAUAUUCUAUAAAAUUUUUACUGACAGACAUAUUGAAGAUCUGUGUGCUAAUAGCCCUAGAGAUUAUACAAAACUUCCAGCAAAACAUACAUCUCAUAAUAAAAGUGAUCAUCUUCAAGAAGAGGAUCAUAGUGGCUGGUAUCGUCGGAAAGAAAACAAUGGCUGGAGGCCUAUUUCUGAUAGAUUUUGGUUAUUUAGUGACCACGAAGAAAUGGAAGACAAAAAAGAAAUUGAAUUUCAUUUCUCUAAACUGAAAAGAAGGCAAGAUUUGGAAAAGAAAAGAAAAAUUAAAAAAAUAGAAUGGAUGAAACAAAUGUACUACACAGGACGCCUGGAGGCUAAGUCAACACAACUUGAAACUCUAGGUUUAAUUCACACUGCAACGAAGGGGCUAAUAAGAGCUAUUGAAGAUGGCGGGAUAGAUUCUGUGAUGGAAUGGGAAGUGGAUGAAGUGCUGAACUGGACAAAUACACUGAACUUUGAUGAGUAUAUUGCCAAUUGGAAGGAAAUUGCUACAAGCAAGUCUUCAGCUAAUUUUGAAGGAUUCAGGUUUACGCAAGCACAGAGAAAUAGAUAUGACUAUGAAGACAUAUCACAGAGGCAAAUGGGGACAGCAGAUAAUACUUACCUUGAAAAUCAUUAUAAAAAACCAUCUUUAACUAGAUUAACGCCUGAUUCUACUUAUGGAAUAUAAAGUAUUUUCUUUUGUGCACUAUAGCCCUUUUAAGCCCUGCAUCCAUCAGUUUUAGCCAAGAGAUAGCAUAUUCUGACUGGGAUAAAUUGUAUAUAUAUUCUGGGCACAGAAAGUAGCCCAGUUAAUUAAACAAGAUUGAACAGAAAUAGAACUUUGGAAUGAAUACAAUAGUCAUGGAAAAGAUAGAAAUUAUUCCUGGUAUUCUGAGAAACUAAUAUUCUAACAACCACAUUUAAAUAAAGAUACUAUAUUUAGGAGCAAAAAACUUCAGAUUAUUUUUCUUCUUUAUUUGAGGCAUUUAGUGCAUUUGUGUAAGGUAGAGCUCUUUGUCCAUUUAUCACAUAUCCAAAUAUGCCUUGCUUCCUUCUUCCCUCCCCCUCUUGACCUUAUCUUUUCAUUUCUCCAUUUUUCU